AUUUCACUUUCCUUUAUCAUUUUUUUGAAAGAGAAGGACCCGAAGACCGGGAUGUGGUACGCAAUUUGCAAAUGGUGCGAGAAAAAAUGUAGCAUGGGGGUUUCAGGCGGAUACGGGAUGACAAUCAAGCAUAUGAAGUCAUGUGACAAAGCCAAAGGAUCGGGAGAUUUAAAAUGGCCGACCGCACUCCACGCCCUGGCCCCGUGGAUCAUUCAAUACUAACCUUACCUCCGUAUACGCAUCGUGCCGAACGUGUGUGGCAUGACCCGUCGUUUAACGACAGAUUGAAGUGCAUCAAUUGCCCCCGUGAUGCAUACGAUGCGGGUGGGCAGUGAAAUCCGAGAGUGUUGGCGCUGAUACGCGAUGCAGGUUUUCUGGGCGUAGAGCGGAUUGGCAACAUGAGGUUGGACCACUUCUUAAUAACAUCUCUAGUGGAGAGAUGGAGACCGGAAACACAUACUUUUCAUCUUCCCUUUGGUGAGGUUGGGAUCAGUUUACAAGAUGUAGCGAUCCUAUUGGGUUUGCCCAUCGAUGGUAUGCCCCUGAGUGGUCCAACCGCAAACACAAAUGUUGCUUGGAUACAUAUGUGCACAGAGUUGGCAGGUUUCACUCCUCAUGAGAGUGAUUUGGAGCGCGGUGUCGAAAUUAAGUGUCGUGCUAUUACGCGUACCCCGAUCCGCCCCGACAGGACCGAUGAAGAGGUCACCCAACACGCUAGAGUCGUGGUGUGGUAGUUGCUUGGCGGUCUUUUGUUUCCUAACACAAGUGGGGAUAAAAUACGACUGUAUUUUUUAGAGCUUUUGAAUGGGGACUUAGCGGAUGCCCGUCGAUGGAGUUGGGGAUCGGCGGUGCUCAGGUUCCUCUAUCAUAACUUGUGUAAGGGCAACAAGUGGAAUGCGAGGCAAAUUGGUGGUUGUCUACACUUGCUACAGCUUUGGGCUUGGGAGAGGCUUCCUAUGUUGCGUCCCCAACUUCUUCGGCCCAUCAACAUUGGAGAUCUUCCGUAUGGGUGUAGAUGGAUCGGACCCCAUUCAUUUUCGGAAGGGGGAAGACAUGCGUUGCCCGUUUUACGAGACCUCUUAGACCGCAUGAGGGAGAGUCAAUUUGUAUGGACCCCCUAUCCAUUGGGUAAUCUCCCUGAAGACAUCAGAAAUCAAUCCAGGAUUUGGUUUGCCGAGGUUAUGCUCAUUUUUGCGAUUAUGCGGAGAGGCAUUACCCUGAUCGGUUUUGUCGACAGUUCUUUGCCUUUCAGAGAGAGCCGAAACUCACUCUCCAAGGUACAGGCCAUCACACUAUUAGCUCCCGCGCUAGUGCAGCUUCCUUAGCAUUGUGGGCGGAACGAGAUAUGCAUUUAUACGAACCUACAUGGCCCCCUCUUGACGGGCAGAAUGUGGCUGAUGGGUACCGUACGUGGUACGCGUGGACUGGUUGGAAGCGUGUCAUGAAUCCUUCGCACGCUACACCUAGGACAAGCUACACCCCUGCGAUACGUGAGUUGGGUGUUACAUUGCAAUGCAUUCAUGAUAGCUAUCAGCUCGCUGAUAAUUUGGCCGAUCAUGAGGAUAUUAAAGAUCGGCUAGCACAAUGUGUUAAAGCAUUAGAUGUAAAAGAGGUGCUCCACCAAGGCAUCUUCCAUUACCCAGAUGCUGACUAUGAGCCCGAUUCCAUGCCUCCUCCAAGGCAAGAUCGUCGCGGUUACGUUGCGCCGCAUAUAGAGACAGCUGCUGCGGGAGAUGAAGAUGAAUAUGAAGAAUAUGAAGAAGCUGUUGCGGUUACGUUGCGCCGCAUAUAUGAAUUUUACAUUAUAAAACUAGACAUGGACAAUGAGAAAUGACAACUAGCAUUGAAAAUUACAAACUGAAUUUUACAUUUUAAUUAUAUACUCCGUAUUUUACCAAAAAACAGUUUUAUAAAAAAAGCUACAUAAUAGUUUUAAUAUUUACAUUUUUGAAGUAUUAUUAUUAUAACGCAUAUGUAACUAAUGUACAUUCCCAUUAAUUUCUUUUCUUUUAUGAUAUUAUUAGUAUCGUUACUAGUUACUGCUCAAGGCAUGUUUUGGCAGUGUUAAGUUGAUAAGGAUUAACAAAUAUAAUUUUGAGUAAAGAGUAUAUUUGUUAAUCCUCUUUGGUGAGGACUAUUCUAACCGAAAAGGCGGUCAAAUUUUUGCUGUUUAGGGACAUAGUAGCUUCUAUAUUGGAGAUCAAGUAGUGGUGUUUCGAUUAAGAAUAUUGGUGAUGACUGAUGAGAGAUAUCUAUUUUCCUUUUCUCAUGAGAUUGAUAUGAGACGUAUUCCAGAAUAUGACACAUGAUUUUAUGAUCAAAGUCUUGUUGUGUUGCAUGAAUUAAAG